AUGGCCUCCGCAUUCCAGUCCUGCCUUGCGCUGCUGCAGUUGCAGGUGUACAGGGAGACGCUGGAACUACAACCGAAUGUCGACGAAAAGGGAAUCGACGACGAAGCCGACUUCCAACAAGCAGAGGACUUAUCAAAGGGCGCCAUCCUAAAGGCCACCUUGAACGAGGGAUCGGGAGAGGUACCUGCCACAAACGAUCUGGUCUUCCUGCAUCUCCGGAUCGGCAAGGGGAACUCAUACCUCACAAGCACCAGGCCCGAGGAUGGGGGGCAGGGCCACCCCCAGCCAUUCAUCCUCGGCAAGUCCAAGAACCUGCUGAAGGGCCUGGAACUGGCAGUGCGAGGCUACGCCUAUCAGCACAGGACCUGGGUGCUCGAUAUACCUCCUGGGCUUCGCAAGGGGGACACCAUCCACGCGGAGGUGGAGCUGGUGGAGGUGGUGCCGGGCAGGACAGUGCGAGCAGUGCUGGCAGCCGAGGAUACAUUUAAGGUCACGGAGCAGGCGGGGAGGGACUUUGAGACCCCCCGGGCUCCUUAUAAGGUCAAGCUCCACCUCAGGGCUUCCACUCCCUCCAGCGACGACAGACCUCUGGGUGCCAGUCAAACUUACUUCACGAUGCAAAGCCUUGACGCUGCUCUGCACUCCAUGGUGCGAGGCGAGCGGAGCAUUGUCACCUGCCCGCACGAGGCAGCCUCGGGUGGGACCCUGGUGCCGGACCCUGACGCGAGUGGGAGCGGCCGCGCAGAGUUUGCCAUCGAGCUGCUCGACUUCACCCAGGUCCGGGACCUGACUGGGAGCGGGGAGCUGGUCAAGACGAUCAUGCAACAGGGCGAGGGUGUGUUCCCGGUAGACUGCCCGGUGGAGGACAGCCUCAUCCAGGCCCACUGGCGUGUGAGGAGGCAGGGCACGGGGGAGGCUUGGGUGUUUGAUACCCGCUCCGCAGGCGAUGCGCAGAGGCCCAUCGAGUUUGACACCGGGAUGGCCACUGUGCCAGACGCGGUGGACAUGGCGGGAGUCACCGAGGGGGACACCCUGGAGUUCGAGGUGGAGCUGGUGCACUUUGAGCGGGACCAGAUCCGGGAGGACACCACGACUGCCGGCCGGCUGACGGUGGCCUCCAAGUGGAAGGACCAGGGCAAUAUGCUCUUCAAGAGGGAGCUUCUUAAGCUGGCCAAAGCCAAGUACCUCAAGGCAUCCAAGGUCGUGGAACGGAUUGUGGAUUAUGCAGACGACCAGACCUAUGAGCAGAGCCAGACGUUGCAGGCAAGCAGGGCUCGGGGAGAUUUUGUCUCCUGCUAUCUCAACCUGGCGCUGUGUGCAACAAAGCAGCGGGAGGCAGCGGAGGCCAUUCACUACUGCAACAAGGCCCUGGAGGUGGACCCAGCAUGUGCCAAGGCGCUGUUCCGCCGAGCUGCGGCCCUGGCACUGGUGGGGGAGUACGCAUCGGCCCGCGAGGACCUGCAGGCCGCCGUCAACAUUGACGCCUCCCUUGAGCCGGACGCCAAGAGGGAAACAGCGCGGCUGGCCUCGCAGGAAAAGGCCCAGGCCGCCAAGCAGCGCAAGGGCUUUGGCAGGUUCUUCAAGUGA